AUGGCUAACUCGCCAUACCCUACAGCGCCAGCACAGCCUCAGCCUCGUCCCCAGGCUCCAAGCCAAUUCCAACAUCAACACCAAAUUCAGCGACCUACAGGCUUCGAUCCGAAAGUCUUGCUGAACCCAGGGGGAGCAUCAAACACCGCUGCUGAUGACGAGCGGUUCGAUGGCGACUUUGGCGUUGGCAACCUGAUCUCGAGGCACCACAACCUCACGGACCGGGCAGAAGCGCCCGCAAAGCGACGCAAAGUCAUGUCCAGCGGAGACGACGACAACGAUCAGCUGAAGAAGUCCCGCGGUCCAGCAUCUCAUAUCGGCAAUGGCGGCGGUAUCAUCAGCGACAGCAUCAAGAAGUCUCAAGACAAGGAGGAGGACUCGCAGCAACCCGCACAGCCAUCGAUCGACCUCACCGUUGACGACGAUGCGCAAGAUGAUGACGACGAUGAUGUCCAGUUCGUGUCAGAAGUUCUCAAGCCAUCCAAGGAUAACGCCAACGAGGAAGUCUGUCUUGGAGUCCUCCAUGUGUCUGGCAACGUCCACAGGAUCCCGGCGCCGUCUUCCAGCAAGACCGCCAAUGCCCUGGGUCGUGAAAUGUGGCCUCCAAUGAGACUGAUCUUCAAGAAGGAGAAUGCGGCCAACAACAUCAUCGAUCUGUACGAUCCCACAAGAGCCAAAUUUGGCACCUUAGAGGCGAGAGCUGCAGCGGCUCUUGGCCCAAUGAUCACAGGAGCUCCUACCUUGAAGUUGCGAUGCAUCUUCAGUCUGCCCGGUCGGAAGCGAUCGCAAGAUGAAUAUCCCGGCAUGCGUGUAUCACAGAAUGUCAAGGUCGACGCCACGCUGUUCUCGUCUCGCCAAGCGGCAGAUCAAAUCGGCAAAUAUCUCUCGAAGCGCCAGUACUUCUUGACGACCCCUCUCAUCAGCCCCGGGCGGCCGGUGCUCAACCCACAGAUCCCGAAGAACUACGGUCCUGCGGUGGGUGGAACUUCUUCGACGACCAGGGUGAGCGGGACCGUCACAUACGUCGUGCGCACCGCGGAGGAAAUGCGCAGCCAGGCGAGCAUGAUGUUCGAUAAGAUCAUGGAUGAUUCAAAGCUGCCGGGGAUGGAGGCGGACAGUGCAAUCAUUCGGACACCUCUGAUGGACCAUCAGAAGAAGGGCCUUCACUUCCUCGUCGACCACGAGCGGGCAAGUUCGGAGUACAAGGACGUUAAAGAGCUUCCCAGCCACUCACUUUGGCUACCGUCUGACAAUGGCCGCAAAACUUGGUACCACAUCAUUACCGGCCAUGAGGUCCGCGAAAUGCCUGAAGAAAUCCGAGGCGGUAUCCUGGCAGAUGUCAUGGGUUUGGGAAAGACUCUCAGCAUCAUGUCCCUUGUGGCGGCAACACAAGCCGCCUCACGACAAUUUCGAGUGACACCAGCAUCCGGCGCCCUGGUCAAUGCAAAGGCUACUCUUAUCAUCUGCCCCAAGUCGGUGCUGUCCAACUGGACCGAACAGAUUGGAGCCCACAGCGUUCCAGGCAUGAUCAAGUCGUACGUUUACCACGGUCCCGGCAGAACGCAGGAUCUGGAGUUUCUGGCGGCUCAAGACGUGGUGCUCACAUCGUACAACACGGCCGCUGCUGAGUUUGGCGAUGGGAUGGGCAAAAAGAAGGCCCUCUCGAGCAUCACCUGGUUCCGCAUCGUGCUUGACGAGGCGCACGGUAUUCGGACACAGUCUACACAGGUCUCGAAGGCAUGCUGCGCUCUCAAGGCUGAGCGUCGCUGGGCUGUGACUGGAACACCCAUUCAGAACGGACUUUCAGAUCUCGGCACCCUCGUCAAGUUCCUACGCAUUAAGCCCUUCGACGACAACCAUACCUGGAAUCAGCACAUCAAUGCCAAGUUCAAGACUGGCGAUGUCAGCGUCCUUGAACAGCUUAAGCUGCUCGUCGGAAGCAUCACUCUGCGUCGUGAGAAGGAUACUGUCAUCGUUGGGAAGCGAGUUCAGACUAGAGUGCGACUGGAUCCAUCGCCCGACGAAGAGCUGCUUUACAACCGAUUCGCCAAGACCAGCCGUACUCACUUCCACAACAUCACUGGAGGCGGCACCGCGAUCCGCGGUAAGGCUUAUGCUCACGUUCUCAAGUCUAUCGGCCGGCUGCGCGCCAUCUGUGCGCACGGUCGAGAGAUGUUGAGCGAAGAGGACAUGAAAGAGAUCGAAGGCGACGAUCCAAGCAACGCCAUGGUCGUGGAUCUCGGAGAAGAGCCUGAAUUUACAAAGGAUGAUGACUUUAUCACGGAGAAGCAGGCGUUUGAAACUUUCACGGCGAUGCAGGACAGUGAAGUGGAUAGCUGUCAACGCUGUGGCGAAAAAUUGGGCAAGCAGGCGGAUGAAGCGGCUGAUACCACAACGGACGAGGAGAAGAGUGAUGACAAUGACCUGCUUGGUCACCUCACGCCUUGCUUUCACGUCAUCUGCGCGGGCUGCGAAGCACAUCAUCGCGAGGAGGUCAAGAAGACUGCGACAGCAGACAAUCACCACGACUGCAGCUGGUGCGGAAACUACGUGCGCUUUGGCAUGUUCCCACUCCGUCGUUCCGCCAUCGACCGCUUCGUCGAAGCACGUCGCGCAUCCAAGCUCACCAAAGCGGCAAAAUGGGACGAAGACACUUACACCGGUCCUCAUACCAAGGUCAAAGCCCUGCUUGAAAACCUUGCAAUUUCCGCCCAGCAAACCGCCGUCCUUCCGCCCGGCGAGCCGCCCGUUCGCUCUGUCGUCUUCUCGGGCUGGACAUCCUACCUCGACCUCAUCGAGUAUGCCCUUAUGCGCGAGAACAUCGGCUUCGUCCGCCUCGACGGCACCAUGUCCGUCAAGACCCGUACCGCUAACCUCAACAUCUUCAAGAACAAUGACAACAUUACCGUCCUCCUCGCCUCCAUCAAAGCCGCCGGUCAAGGUCUGAACCUUACCUCCGCCAACAAGGUCUACGUCAUGGAGCCACAGUUCAACCCCGGUGUCGAGGAGCAGGCGGUGGAUCGCGUGCAUCGUCUUGGUCAGAAGCGAGACGUCGAAAUCGUGCAUUACAUUAUGAAGGGGAGCGUGGAGGAGGGAAUUCUGAAGUUGCAGGAGAAGAAGAAGAACUUGGCGAAGUUGAGCAUGGAUCGGAAGAAGUCGAAGGCGGAGGAUUCAUUGCAGAAGAUGAACGACAUCAAGGAUCUUUUCAAGUGA